ACUUUUGAGUGUCUAAAAUCCAAGUAUCAGUGUGACACUCCCCUGUAGCAAAAUGGCUAAGAAGAAGAAGAGGAGAGUUCCAGAAGUGCUUUGGAGGCUAUUCCACAACCGCGCCCGAACUCUUUGCGAUACGAUCAUAUCCUUGAUUCCUCCGCCACCGUCUCCGGAGGCGGAUUGCCUCUGCAAUGGCCGUGGAUGCCUUGGCUGCGGUGGCGCUAACGCAAUGGCGUUUCUCCUCAGACCUACCGACCCUCCGGAUUACCGGAAGCUUCUCAGUCACUGCUUUGUCGUCCUGGAUGAAAGUGCUCCUUCGUUAUCAGUCUUAGAUCCUCACCACCGCUGGUCCCAGGUUGAGAUUCUUAGAAGAACAAUUGAAACAAUGAUGUCUGAGCAGCCCACCACAUCUAAUGUAAUUUGCUAUGACUAUGAUAAGGCGAGCUGCUCAAGUUCUUUUGAGCUUCUGACAUCCUCUGCAUGGAGCCUUCUCUUGAGAAGAGUUGGGGACGCCCUUAUGAUUUACAUGCUAAGGAAUGCAUCAAUAUUCAUGCCCUUUCCUCAAAAAGCACUCCAUCAAGUGGCAGGUUUUCCUAUCAGUGACCUGUGUUUCGCAUCCUCCAAGCAUACUUCCUGUGAGUAUGAGCUUCAUUUAUUGAGGAUGAGUAUAAAAUAGCUUUCCGUCACUAAAGCUUAUGUUUUGUUUGAGGCUGUGUGCAUACUUCAGCAAGAUAUCAAUAGAAAAUUCAGCAAACAGAAGGUCAUAGGUUCAAACUCAAUGUGGUUACUGUGAUAACAUUGCAUCCUCAUGUUUGACCCAUAACAAAUCUCAAAGUUUAGUUUUCUCACACAGAUUAAUGAUGAUUGUUACAGCAUUACAGGUUUAUUCCAAUUUUAGGAUAUUGUGACAUCUCUCAGUUUGAUUUUCUAAAUAUAGAAGUUUACUUCUAGUAGGCAGUAGAAAGAGAAAAAUCACUGAUGAAAUGUGGUCAACGUCAUUGAAGCAACUAUGCACUAGGCCAAGCUGCACCAAAGAGGAGUCAUCAAAUGGGACUUCGGCAUCUGGUGGAGACAUCUGCAUUAGUAAAGGAGCACAUUCACUUGCUAUUGGACAAGGUUCCUCAAACCAUUCUCUUUCAUUGAACAGGAAACGGAAAAGACCCAGUAGUUGGCAACGUCAUAGAAAACAUCAGCUAUUUCCAAAUCAAGAAGCAACAAAGUCCUCAAAUCCACACAGGAAUUUGACAGAGAAAGGAGAAUCACCUUCUGGUCUUCCACGUGAAAGAAGUGUUAGAACAAUGGGAUGGUGCUCUUGUUGCCUUGUAUUUUCUACUCAAUUGAAACUCAGAGAGGAGAUCAUUAUCAAGAAAAACACCAUGUUCUACAAGCUAGAGAGUUGUUCAACUGUCUUUCCUGGAAAACGUAUCCUUCCGUAUUGCACAUUUAUGAUAGUUUACUUAUCAUGUC